AUGUCCUUCUGCCUGACUGAGAUGUUUCUGUGGUCUUUGAAGACCAACUUACAUAUUAGAGAUGAAGACAUUGGGAUCCACCAGUACUGUGACAAGAAACAACCAGCAUCACAGAUGAAGUACAGUUACUUAGAAGAGAAGCAAAAGCUAGCAGAAUCUCGAGAUUAUCCUUGGAUCCUGAAAACCAAGCGAGCAGACAAACUGCGAGAUGCACUCAAGGAGGUGGAGGACUUAAUGCAGAACAGUCCAUGUGUGCUGAGCAAGUGGAAGAACAAACAUACCUGUCAGCUCCUCUUUCACUCAGGUAUUUUGGUGUCCCUAAGCCUUUCUGGGCCACAGCUGGAGAAGGUGGUGAUUGACAGGACCCUGGUGGGGAAGCUCAUCUCCGACACCAUCAGUGAUGCUGUUCUUACAGACAAUUUCAUCAUCUUGUCAUUUGAGGACCAUAACCAACUCUGCUUUAUUCAGUUUACAAAGACAAUGGAUUCUCCCGAUGUAAACAAAAGACUGGAAAAACUCUCUUGUUUGGACUCUAAGAUCUCUUAUGUUGAUAUACUUGGACCAGAAGGUAGAAGGAUGAAACGUCACCUGGCAAUAAACUGUAUGCAAGAUCUGGUCAUUUGCUGGUGGUCAGCAACCAGUGACGGAGCAUGGCCUUGGUCUCCUAUUUCCUGUCAGAGGGACAGAGCCAACCUAUUGCUAUUAGGCUGUGCACAUGGCAAAUUGGAGGUGCUGAGUUACGUGCGCACGGAGUGGGAGCCCCUGGAUGCCAGGUUCAGCUCUGUGCAGCCCCAGCAGGUGCUGACUGUGGAGCGCUCGGUGUCGGCAGCCAAGGAGCCCAUGGCCGACAGCUGCGUCUACAAGUGCCUCAGGAACCGAAUGCAGUGCGCCGCCGUCACCAGGGUCCCCCUACCCGCCAGGGCCAUCAGCUGCUGCAGGGAUGUGACAGAAGACAAACUGGUGCUGGGCUGUGAAGACUCCUCAGUUGUUCUGUUCGAAGCCUACAGCCAAGUGACUCUGUUGGCCCAAGCAGAGCUGCUCCCUGCUGUAAUAACCUACCACCCUUCCGGAGCCGUGCUGGUGGUUGGCAGCUCUCAAGGGGAGCUGCAGCUUUUUGACACGGCGCUGUCUCCAAUUAAAAUUCAGCUCUUGGCACAAGACUAUUCACCUGAGGCAACUCUGCAAUUCAGUAAACACUGUGACGUGCCCACCAGCCUCAUCCAGAUCCAGUGGGCUGCUCCUCCAGGUGCAUUUCCCAGUCCUGACAGCAUGGAUAUUCAUGAUCUUUUGUUGGUUAGAUUUGAUGAAGGACCCUUGGGAGUGCUUCACUUUAAACUUGGUGUGCUCACAAGGGGACAACUGGGCCUUGAGGAAAUCAUCCACCAGUACAUUCGUUAUGAUGAGAUUCAGGAGGCAAUUAAUGUCCUGAGCACCAUGAACUGGAACAUGAUGGGUCAGCGGUGCUUUAUCUGCCUGAGUGCCAUUUGCAACCACCUCCUUAAACAAAAGCUUACACCAGCCAGAGAAGCACAGCUUGAGGCAAGCCUUGGAACCUUUUAUGCUCCAACAAAACCUCUCUUGGAUAGAACUGUGCUGGAGUACAGGGACCCCAUCAGCAGAUAUGCAAGAAGGUUCUUCCACCACCUGCUCAGGUAUCAGAGGUUUGAAAAAGCAUUUCUGCUUGCUGUUGACAUCGGUGCUCGGGACCUGUUCAUGGACAUCCAUUACCUUGCUCUAGAUAAGGGUGAAUUGGCACUAGCUGAAGUGGCAAAGAGAAAGGCUAAUGACAUUGAUGCAGAAUCAAUAACUACUGGAAUUGAACUUCUGGGGCAGUCAGAUGAAGAAGACACAUCUUGUGAAGCUUUCCCUGACCAAUCUCCAGAGCAAGGAGGAGGGUGCAACCCACCUGUUCCCAGCCCUGCUGACAGACCACCAACACAGAGCUGCUCCCACAGACCCACCAGCCGCAGACAAGCAGAGGACACUGAGCCUGGAGCGGGUGGCCACACCACCUCCCUGAUCAAGAAAACCUUUUCCAGCAGCCAGGAAGGAAAUAUGAAAGCCGUUCCUUCAGAGCAGGAGACUGGAGACAGUGGAUCUCUCCAAAUUGUGCACUUUGGGCUGGUGUGACUGAGCUGCCAAAGCAGAGAAGACGAAACCUCACCAAGGUGCUGAAGUUCAUGGGAAGUCCUUCAGCAAACUUCCAGCCAGCCCUGGGUCUGACCACUGACAGAUGACAAAACACCAAGCUUAGAAAAUAUCCCGU